CCCGCAUUCUUGGCAGCGGCCCUUGCCAUCAUCGGGCAAGGUGCGACCCAGCAUCAAACUGGACAUCACGUGCAGCAUUCUCAGCGUCAUUCCAAGUCUACUAUCCACACAUCAGUGCAGACUUUGGCAUGUUGGUUGGAUGGGCGCGUUGUGCGAGUCGAGUCGUCCGACAUGAUGUGAAGGUGCCGCGGAGGCUGCUCUCCACCCAGGCACCUACAGCAGAUCGACUAUCCAAGACCACUCGGAACAUUGGCAUCGUUGCUCAUAUCGAUGCUGGCAAAACGACAACAACGGAGCGCAUGCUCUAUUACAGUGGCCACACACGGAGAAUUGGAGAUGUCGAUGAAGGAUCGACUGUGACCGACUUUCUCCCUGCUGAAAGGGCUCGUGGAAUCACGAUCCAGUCCGCUGCCAUCACCUUCCACUGGCCACCCCAAGAACCAGGCGCAAAACCUGCUCCAGCACCUGAAUCCUUUGACUCUAUUUCUCCUUCGUCAUUCCCGCACAAUGUGAAUCUGAUUGACACCCCUGGCCACGCGGAUUUCACGUUCGAGGUUUUGCGUUCUCUGCGUGUCCUUGAUGGAGCUGUCUGCAUUCUUGACGGUGUUGCCGGUGUUGAAGCACAAACUGAGAAGGUAUGGACGCAGGCUGGGAACUACCAGAUCCCAAGAAUCAUCUUCGUCAACAAGCUUGACCGAGUCGGGGCUGCGUUCUCAAGGACCGUGAAAGAGAUCGGUGUCAGACUCCAUGGAUGGCCGGCUAUCUGUCAGAUUCCUUGGUGGAAGGGUGGCAACGGCGACUUCGUUGGUGUCGGCGACGUCGUCAAUCUUCGCGGGAUGCUCUGGCAACCUGGAGGUGAUGGGAGAGACAUACAAGCACCCAGUCUUGAGGAGCUCGACAAGACCGACCCAAAGUUCGCAGACGAGAUCAGAAAGGCCAGAAUCGCCCUGAUCGAAAUACUGAGCGAGCAUGACGACCUCAUGGUCGAAGCUUUCCUGGACCACGACGAAGAUCAUCUUGCUAUCCCUGCGUUGCACAUCUGGCAGUCCCUUCGACGCGUGACGCUGCAGAGCUCACAAGCUGUCAUACCCGUCUUCGCCGGCGCCAGUUUUCGCAAUGUCGGUGUUCAGCCGUUGCUGGAUGCCGCAGUCGACCUUCUUCCGUCACCCCUCGAACGACCAGACCCAGAAAUCAGCAUCUCAGGACAGACCAGCACGCUGUCUUCGCUGCUCAAUGCAUCAGCAGCCGCCAAGCCUGCAAAAUCAGCCAAGAAGGGCCAGCAAUCUUCAGGUCUGGCGAUCCCAGAAGUCAAAAACCUCUCAGCUUGUGCGCUCGCAUUCAAAGUGGUCAAUGACGCUAAACGAGGUGUGCUGGUCUAUGUGCGCGUCUACUCUGGCUCGUUGGAAAAGGGUUCUACACUUUAUAACACAAGUUUAAGAAACGUGGAACGCGCGCCGCGCUUACUCAAGAUGUACGCUAAUGAUGCUGUGGAGGUUGACAGCAUCGGGCCCGGUCAGAUUGGCGUCAUUACUGGUCUCAAGCAUGCAAGGACUGGCGAUACGCUGAUUGUAUACAGAGGCCUGCAGAUGAAGGGUACACCUGCUGGUGGACUGGAUACUCUACAACUCAGGCCCAUCCACGUGCCCCCGCCCGUCUUUUUCACAAGCAUUGAGCCUCAAAGCCUCAGCGAGCAGAAACAUGUUCAUGAAAGCCUGGCGAUAUUGCUUCGAGAGGACCCAAGUCUGCAUCUUUCCAUCGACGAGGAGUCAGGCCAGACACAUCUGGCAGGCAUGGGCGACUUGCACCUAGAAAUUGCUCGUGACCGCCUCCUCAAAGACUUCAAAGCCAAAGCGCGCAUCGGAAAGAUCGAGAUCGGAUACCGUGAGACCAUCAGUUCAGCGACCUCGCCAUACACCCACGAACUCGACAAGCUCAUCGCCGGCAAACAAGCCAAGGCUACCAUCACAACAUCCGUGGAGCCAAUCGACGACAGCAUGAUCAUUCCCGGCGCCCAAGUCGAGACCGAAACCGCAGCCGGCCCCUUCGAAACCAUCUACACCCUCCCCGACAACAAUACCCUGCACAUCUCGCACCCCGCGCUCUCGCGCCACGACUCCGCAUCCCAUAAAGCCCACAUCCCACUCCACCUCUCCCUGCCCGCCAUCCUGCACUCCCUGCAAGCCGGCGCGUCCGCGGCCCUCGCCCGCGGCCCCUUCAACGGCUUCCCCGUCGCCAACACCCGCGUCCACAUCGCCCUGGACCCCGCCCAGCUAUUCGCCGACACCACGCCCACCGCGCUGUCGAUGUGCACCCGCGCCUGCGUGAACGCCAGUCUGCGCUCCUCCAUCGCCGCCAGCGCCCCGGCGCUCAUGGAACCCGUCAUGAACGCCACCAUCUUCGUGCACGAGUCCUCGCUCGGCGCCGUCGUGCAGGACAUCUCGUCUGCGCGCGGCGGGCAGGUGCUGUCGCUCGACGGCGCCGACGCUGGUGUCUCUGCGGCCGACGACGCGCCCCGCAUCGAUCCCGGGCUGAUAUAUACGCCGCCGGACCCGUUUGCGUCGGGCACUGGAGAUGUGGGCUCUGGCCUCGCGGAUUCCCAGCGCCAGAUCACGGCGCGCGUGCCGCUGAAGGAGAUGGUGGGGUAUCUGAAUCAUCUGCGCGCGCUGACGGGCGGGCGCGGGACGUUUGUUAUGUCUGUGGAUGGGUUCGAGAAGAUGGGAGGGCAGAGGCAGAAGGAGGUUCUGGACAGCAUGCGGGAGUUCUGAAGUGUAUAGUAACGAGUAUGUCGCGCUGUAUGAUAGGAUUGUACAAUACGGGUAUAGAAAUGCUGGCUCCAUCGGUUGCUACAGCGCCGAAGCUUCGUGAAGGCAAAACGCGUCUAUGUUUACUUUCGUCCACUGCUUUCACCU